UGCCUACACCGAGCCCUACAAGGUGUGCCCAGUCUCUGUGAUACCGAUGGAGGUCGUCACAUCAGAUGAGGAACAGAAGAGUUCAGAAGACGAGGACAGCAGCCCAGGUGAUCCCAGCCUCAUCAAGAAAGAAGGCCCGUCCAGAGCUUACCUCAUUGCCCAGGAGCUGAUGUCUUCAGAAAAAGUAUAUGUGGAGAUGCUCCAGCUGUUACGUAUGGAUUUCUAUGAAGGUAUCUUGAAAGUGCUUGGAGAAGAUGAAAAUGAACAGAAAGAAGUUAAACUCAAGCAAGGCUUAAGUGAAAUCCCUGAAAUUUAUGAAUUACAUCAAGACAUCCUGGGAGAACUGGAAGAAAGAAUACUUAAAUGGGAGGAACACCAGAAAGUUGCUGAUGUUUUUCUCUCCAGAAAAUCAAGGCUGAAUCACCACACAGCAUAUAUUAUGCAGUUUGACAGGAAUUUGGCUUUGCUAGAUGAAACUUGCCUUAAAUAUUCCCAACUGGCUACCAUAAUUCAGAAGUUUGAGCAGAGCUCUGGUGGCAGCCCUCAGAGUGUGAAACACCAGCUUUUGAAAGUGGUGCAGCGUGUCUUCCAGUAUCGUGUGCUGCUCACAGAUUACUUGAAUAAUCUUUGCCCUGAUUCUACAGAGUAUGAAGCCACACAAGCUGCCUUAUUCAUUGUUUCUGAAAUCACUGACCGAGCUAAUGACAGCAUGAUCCAAGCGGAAAACUUGCAGAAGCUGGUACACAUUGAGCACAGUGUGAGAGGGCAGAGCGGCCUCCUCCAGCCAGGAAGGAUCUUUGUUAAAGAGGGAACGCUGAUGAAAGUCUCUGGUAAAAACAAGCACCCUCGGCAUUUGUUCUUGAUGAAUGAUGUUCUGCUGUACACAUAUCCCCAGAAGGAUGGCAAAUACCGACUGAAAAACACCUUGGCUCUGUCAGGCAUGAAGGUCAGCCGCCCAGUGACAGAAAAAGUCCAAAACGUUCUGAAGAUUGAAUAUGAUGAACAUUGCCUGACCCUGUCAGCAAGCUCUUGCUCGGAAAGGGAUGACUGGUACAGCUGCAUCAGCAGAUACAUCCCAGACGACUACAAAGCUCACAACACUUCCACAUUCCACAGCAGCGUGGAGCUAAGGGAAAGGCUUGGAAUACCCUUGGGUGAAAGGCCUCCUACUUUGGUACCUGUGUCCCAUGUCAUGAUGUGCAUGAACUGUGGCUGUGACUUUACCCUCACUUUGAGGCGACAUCAUUGCCAUGCGUGUGGGAAGAUUGUAUGUCGAAAUUGUUCAAGAAACAAGUACCCUAUGAAGUACCUCAAAGAUCAAGCAGCUAAAGUCUGUGAUAGCUGCUAUGUGGAACUUAAGAAACGAGAGCGGCCACUAAGUGUGAGCUUCCCUCCAACUUCAUCCAGGUGUUCAAGCAGUGCCUUCUCCUCUGUCUUCCACAAUAUUCAUUAUUCAUCUUUUAAGAAACAGAAGAAGAUCCCUUCAGCUCUUACGGAGGUGGCAGCCUCAGGAGAGGGAGCUACCAUCAGUGGUUACCUCAGCAGAUGUAAGAGAGGCAAAAGACAUUGGAAGAAGCGCUGGUUUGUUAUCAAAGGCAAAGUCCUCUACACCUACAUAGCAAACGAGGACAAAGUUGCCACAGAAAGUUUGCCUUUGUUGGGUUUCACUAUCACCCCAGAAAAGGAGGAAGGAAGUACGGAUACAGUUUUCCAUCUCUACCAUAAGCAGACUCUCUUUUAUAGCUUCCGAGCAGAGGAUAACAAUUCAGCACAGAGGUGGAUUGAAGCCAUGGAAGAAGCAUCCAUAUUAUAG